GUGUACCGAGCUGACAGCGGCGGGGCUGACACCAUGCAAACGCCGACAAAAACACGCGGCUGCGGCGCUAUAAAACCACCGACACGGACACAGAACCGCGAAGAUACCUGAGCUGCCUUCACCUGAAACAUGGGCGUCAUCUUAUCAAGCCUUUUCUCCCGGUUCGUCUCUAAAAUACCGGUCAGGAUUUUAAUGGUCGGCCUGGACGCUGCCGGUAAAACGACCCUCCUGUACAGGCUGAAGUUGGCCGAGGUGGUGACCACCAUCCCCACCCUUGGCUUUAACGUGGAGACGGUGGAGUUUAAGAACAUAAAUUUUACCGUCUGGGAUGUGGGUGGUCAGACCAUCAUCAGACCCUUAUGGAGACAUUAUUACACAAACACAGACGGUAUUAUUUUUGUGGUCGACAGCAACGACCCCGAGAGGAUCAAAGAAGCUGCCGAUGAGCUCCACCAGAUGCUGGAGGAAGAGGAGCUGCGGGGCGUGGCCGUCCUGGUGUUCGCUAACAAACAGGAUCUGCCGAGAGCCAUGUCCGUCAGUGAUGUCACCGAGGCCCUGAGGCUAUCGGGGGUGUCCCAGCCGGUAAGUGAGACCCUGUGGCUGGUCCAGGGCUCCUGUGCGGUCAGCGGCACCGGUCUGGCUGAAGGCCUGGACUGGCUGUCCGACCAGAUCCUCAAACUCCGGAGCCUUUGAACGCAUCGCGCUGUCUUCUGUGUCAACAAUCGGAGCAGCUGGAUCCAAACGUUUGAGCUGUGAACCUCACAAACCUGUCAGACUCCACUCUGUGAGCCCCUAUGCAGAUCAGUUUCAGCUAAUUCCAAACAAAAAUGACAAGGAUGUAUUUUCGGAAGAAUUUUGAUGUUUAUUUAUUGCUGAUGUUUUGGUUUUUAAAGGGUUGAAAUCGGACUGAUUGUGGCUUAAGGUAAACCAUAAAUAUUUACAGCUUUAUAGAUCUGAAAAAAUUUGAGGUCAUUUUUUAUGCUGCUGAGUGAUAUUUGAAAUGUACAAAAAGAUGAUGCUAAUAAAUUUAUAAGAGCUAAAACUAU